UUCACCCUACUAAUGCCGAUGGGUACCACGUUUUCAGCUGAACAUUUCGAAUCACGCGUCAGAAGUGCCCAUGUAUGCACUCGGCUGUUGUGUCGCUGUUCUGUACAGUGCGGUCGGGCCCGGGGCAAAAUGACCCGUCGCCGGCUGUCGACUGCGAUAGGUCGCUCCAGACUUCAAUCAAAUAUAGAAUACGUCUUUAUACACCGUUUCGCUCAUGUUUGUUAUCAACUUUUCUCGCUACGCUUGCCAUAUCCGGCACUGCUGGCAACCUUCAUUGUCCCUCCAGAACAAAGCGCGCAAUCCGCACGCCUACCAUAGUUUUCCAUCGGGUCUGUUUGUGUCUUAGUUUGAUUAACCCACUCUUACAUUCCAUCUGCCGCAAAUAUGCCGCCGAGGAAAGGCGUAAAGCGUGUUGCGAAAGCAAUUACCGACAAGCGCAAGACGAAAAAGGCGAAGCAUUCCAAUGGAGAUGGCAAAUCACCGCCAGCGAUACCCGGAGGAACGAAGCGCCGGUCCACGGUUGAUGAAGGAGCAAACAAGGAAUCGGAGCGGAAGGAAGUUCAGUGGGUCCUUCCUGAGGACGCUGGCAAGAAGAAAGAUUACGACGAGAACACCGCUCGAACAUUCGCCCCCCUGCUUUAUGGCCAACCCUGGGCCGCACUCAUAAAUCUACAGACAGGUCGAUUGCAACAAGCGCCUUUCCGCUCUCCAGUCUUCAGAAAACCGGAACGAGUCAGCCAGCGGGACCUUGAUCGGGCGCACACCAAGAAUAAGAGCAGUGGGGCUCUGAGACGCUUCUUCGCACAGAUCCAGGCGGACACAAGCAAUGACUGGUCCGUGGGCGGUUACAAUUUCUCCAAUUUCAGAACAGCUUUCAGCGGAGAGGGAAAUCAUGCAGUGGUCGCAACCGAGAACAGCCACCCCUUCAUGCUAGAUCAGGACUAUGCGAUGGAAGUAACUGUCCACUUUGAUGAAGGGGAUGCGACCGCCAGCAUCCACAUCGUUCGGAGAAUCCCUUCAACUGGCGAAGAUGCGGGUUACUCUAUUUUGCUUCCACAGAACACCUCUGUCACAGUCAAUGGGCUGACGUACACAAAUGAAGAUUGGCCGGAUGACUUCGUCAUUGGACCACUCCAGUCCUUCGCUAUCAUCGAGCUUCUCUCGCAACCGAUAUUCUUUUGGAGAAGGAGAGAAGAUGUCUAUUUUAACGCCCCGUGUGAGCCGACCGUAUCGCAAGAAGAGUUCCAUCGUAGAGAUAACGUCGGCGAUGGGGUAGAGUUGGACUUGUCAUGGAGGGGCUUGGAAUUCCCGAGCGGCGAGCGGCCCCAAGACUUAAGCCUUGAAAUAACGGCUCAAGCUGAUAUACCCCCUGAUGGACGUGUUCCACCGCAUGGUACAGGCUACGGAUUCGAUGAUAACUCGAGCGAAGAGAAUGAGGACGGAACUGAAGGCCUCGAAGUCGAAGAGGGGGAUGAAAAAUUCUACCAGACGGCCAAAGACGUUUUCUCUGGAUCCACACCUUGUGACUACCUGCGCCGCCAACUUAGCGGACUUGACGGCCCGAUCCAACGAUACCGCGACGAGCUAGGUGGAACCCUGAAGCACCAUAUUGUGGAUCUCGUCGAUGCAGUCUUGUCCGGGAUAAAUGCUCUGCAAGCGGAAAAUGCUGGCUUCAGUAUGAUCGUCGAGGACCGGUUACUGCGUCCAGGAAGACCUUCCUUCAGCGUUAUGCGGGGUAACGAGGGUCGGCCUUGGCUGGUGGUUACACAGUUCAACCAGAGCCAAAACGUCACUCUUCAUGUCUUGGAUCCUAUGGUUUGGAAUUCCAAGAAAAAGGACCGCAAGCAGAUCUAUAGAGCCAGUUUGGAUAGAAUGUUGGGCGAGGGAUGGCUUUAUAACAUCGUUGGGGACGUCGAAGAAAAACUCGGUGCCUUGCCACUAUAUGCUUCGUGGGCUGAGAGCGCUCAGACAGUCGACUUAGCUCUGGCCGUCACCUACACCGUUCUCAAUGCCUGGGCGCUGGCCAUGGGACUAUUCCCAGAUCCACGCUUCGAAUUGCACCGCGGAAAGACAGAAGAAACCGAUUUCCUUGACCACGCAGAGAGCAUAUUCGCACUGGCUUUGCGCGGUCGAUAUCUUGACUGGAAACUCCUGCUCGCGUUCUUUAUAUGUCACGGAUAUAACAAGGACGGUGACGUCUUACCCCCACUCGAUCGCCGGUUCAGCCUCCGUGGACGGUCCGCUCGCAGCUUACGACAGAGAGAGCUACAAGUUGACAGAGCAUGGCGUGACGCCAAGGAGCAACUGGAAGUCAUACGUGUGGUGCAAAGCAUUGGACUCGAUUUAGGGAGCGGGACCCCUCAUGAUGAGGACUUCCGGUCUGAUACACAGACAGACGAUUUCAGGGAGAAGGUCGUCAAGACUCUCAUUACGGAGAACGCGUGGGAUCCUACCCUCUCUGAUGGGGACCUACAAGAACGCUACAACAGACUCCCUGCAUCAUCACGACGUCCCUCGUCGUCGUCGUUUAGACAGUCCUCAAGUACAUCGACUGCAUCUCUUCGCUUUGCGCAGGAUCCUUCAGACAUACCAGCAGAGUUCGACCCUUGCGAAUACUUCAACGAGGCGUUAGGCGAUCUGACGGGACGAUAUGGGUUGCGCACAGAUAUCGAGCCGCAGGCACUUGGUGCCAAGUACAUCUUCGAUAGCAUAGCUUCUGUAAGUCAGGCGAUCACCUGGAUUCAACCUCUUACCGAAGGCCUUGGAGUGAUCGACUACGCGACACUGGAAUCAUUCAUCUUCGGGAGCGAAGAACUCCCUGAGUUCCCUUCUUUGUACGAUGGCAGACCACUAUUCCUGCCCUGGACGGAAAACAAUUAUAGCAUGCUCGUCGCUGUACAGGCGCAUGUGACGGAUGAAAAGAAACGGAUCACAGUAUCAAUGCUCGAUCCUGCACUGUGGCUAUCAAGUCGCAAACAGCGCCUUCGAAUCUACACCUCAGUGCUUGACCUGAUUAAGCAUAUCCACUGGGACGACUACCUGAAGCCCGCGGGCUUCACUACAGAGGGUUCUGCAUCUUGGAUUACUUCUCUGCAAGCAGGAGAACCCUGGCACACCGGCUAUUAUACUAUUUUCAAUGCUUGGGCCAUUUUAUUUUCCCUUCCAUUAAAUCCGCUUUUCCGGCCGUCCCAGGACUUCUUUGAGCAGGCAGGUAGACUCAUUCGGCUUUCGCUUGGCGGAUUCGCUGACUGGAAGCUUAUAUGGUCCCUCUUGCUUUGUUCAGGGUUUGUAAUGGCCGGAGAACCGGUUGCUGAAUGCAGGAUUACGAAGACCGUUCCUUCAAGGAGACUCGAACUGCAUCUUUCAAAACUGAGAAGGAGAUUUAAACGGCUAGAAAAUCCAACGCCCGCCCGUAGUUGGACACACAUAUUUCCCCCCUCCAGCAGAGCACAUGAUGAUAUAUUCCCGUCGGAUGACUGGACGGCGGAAGAUAUUCGACGUCGAGUCCCACGAUUAGUAGAGGCGGGUAUAGCGAUUUCGCAUCUCCCUUUAGAAGAGCUGGGGGAGGCAUUCAAAGUUCUUCGGAAGAAACCAACAUCGAGCGACCCCGGCGACAACGUACCACAGCCCUUCGUAGCGUGCUCCUACUUGCAUGACCGAAUCCGAAAAGCGCUUGGUGGCCAUUACGUGAAGAACAGUUUUGAGAAGCUCAAACAGGGAGGAGACACCGUCACUACGGAACGCAAAAUAUGGAUGAUGGAUUCAGAAGUCUCGCUGGCGAUUGCCUCGGUGACGUUGGCGAUCAGCAACAUACAAAACAGCUCUGGGGGGUUUAGUUUCCUGCACCAGGAUAAUGUCCAGCUAUGUAAUGCAUUCCCGUAUGAGGAUCAUCAGUUCGACGCCGCGAUCCGUCCUGGCAGACCGAUGAUGGUACCGUUACAAUAUGGCAACCACAUCGUCCUCCUUGUACUCCAGCUCAAUGAACAGGGAGAUCCGACAGUAUCCGUCCUUGACUCGAGACCGUAUCACUACAACCGAGCUCAGCGAGAACGUGUUUAUGACACUGUGGCCACCAUACUCAAACGAUCGAGGUGGUGGCGCCAUUUCUUCCCCGCAGAGGGCCAAGUGCCAAUUCCCGAAUACGCUACCUGGGUCCCGUGCGCCAUCCAGAUCGAAGACUGGACCUGCGGCUACCUGGUUAUCCUAAAUGCAUGGGCACUCGCUAUGGGCCUCCAACCAAACCCGCAGUUCAGGCCGGACUGGGACUCUCAAUUCUUCAACGACUUACAAAACGUCAUUCAUCUCGUCCGCAUUGGAUCCGCCGACUGGAAGGUCAUCUACGCUUUUCUGAGAUGCUACGAUGUUGUAGAGCAAGAAGAGCACGUCCCUGAGUUGAAGAAGUUCAGGAACACUCUCCGGGUAAUGAGCGAGGCAAGUGUAGCCCAGUCGCUUCGGAAUAUUCGGGAAAGCGAAGAGCAAGCGUGGCAGGCUGUGGAAGCUUUCAACAUUGAAAAUGUUUCCAACCGGAAUAGGAUUGCAUUUGGCGAGGGCAGACGGUCUGAUAUCCCAUGGGGAAGCGACGGAUGGAAUGAGUCGACUAAGCUCAACAUAAUUCCACAGCUUAUCAGCCUCGGUAGGAUGAACCUGGAUUACAGCGACGCGCAGGUUCGAGCCGACUUCCGUACAUUUUACCCCGACAUUUCCCGUGACCAGAUGAGGGAAAGGGUCCAAAAAUUUCUAGACCAACUCAAAAAGCAGAAGAAGGAUCCCGUCCGACUACCCCCGGAGGAAACUGUUCGCCUUUUCCAGAACUAUCUUAGCUUUUCGAAGGUCUCGAAUCGGAAGCUACACGACGAGCGGAUCAACAAGGCCCCCUGUGGGUUUUGGCGGGAAUAUGUGCUUUGCUACGGGGAGUUGCUUAAGAGAAACCUCUGGGAAUCGGCUCAGAUUCAGGAUAUCGGAGAGUACCUCGAGGAAGAGCAGGUGACGCUGGGUAUCGCUGCCGUGGUCGAGUCCAUCGAUCGUCUGCAAAACGAAGAGCACAAAAAUCAAUGGGGCAGAGAAGUUCCAUUCGCUGGAGGAUUUACCCUCGCUUCGUCAAGGGAUCUCCAAUGCGGAAGAUCAAAAACAGCUUAUUUGGAAGAUGCCCAUGUGACAGCCUCGCGGCCAAGGAGAUGCUGGCUUAUGCCAGUUGUAGUUGAUAAAGUUCUCCUCAAGGAAGUAGCUCAACAUAUCGGAGAAAAAGAGGGGAAAUAUGCGAAAACCCCAGAGGCAGGCCAUAUCAUCCUCGCCGUCAUCCAAGAAGUGGACCCCGAAUAUGAGGACUCCGCAGCGACACAACCACCAGUGCAUGACCCUGCAAACGGGAAACGCUACCUCGUAUACUUUCUAGACAGCUUACCUAGGUACCUCCGGGAUGCGUACGACUUCCUCUUCGAGCGAAUCAUCAAAGCCGCAGGCGACCUGAACUGGUCUACCCACCGAGAAGGCGGACGCAUCCCUUUCGAACGCGCUGCUCGACUAAUCGAGGUUCCUCGCCAGACUAACAACUGGGCAUGCGGCUAUCACACAAUCGUCAAUGCCUGGAUCCUAGCUCUUAGUCUGACGCCCGACCUCGAUGCGCAGUACACUGAGAGGCUCUACAAGAACAUCCACUUCAUAGUGGAGCUAGCACUCGCUGGGUUAUUAGACUGGAAGAUGCUAGUGGCGUGGUUGUUCUGCUACGGGGUUACUGUCGAGCGGAGCGUAGAUCAAGUACCGGAGAGUAGACGGUUCGCCGCAACCGUUAUGCAGGAGGAUGAAGAGUCGCUGCAAGUGAGAAUAUCCUGUAUCUUCAACGGCAACGAUGCUACUCUAACAUUAGAGUAUCCUGAGGCGAACCUUCCAUAUAGCCUUGACAACAACGUUGAUUUCCACGGCUCAAAAUGGAUUUGGCCCGAUGCAGACGAGGAUGGCGGCCUCGAAAGAGCAUUUGAGGAGGCUGAUGAGUGGGGUCCUUUCGAUCAGACGUACAGCUCGGAAAAAGACGAAGUGAUAAUGACGGAUUAUGGAGGACUUGAAUUUUUGGAUAGGAUAUCGGGCCCCGGUCCGCGGGUUGCUCUUUUGUAUUGAUGCAGAUGUCGGCGAAUCGUUUUAAGUUUGUAGUAAUUCGACUUGUUUCGCUUGUCCUUUAGACCGCUCAUGAUGGAAUGGGCUGCUCUCCUGAUGUGAAGGUGGCUUGCGUCUCUCCCUACGCUAUAGUGAUAUGCAGCGCCGAUGCUACCGUCCAAACAAAGCUCCGA